GGGUGGGUUGUCAGUCAGUGAGCGGAGGGGGAAGAUGGCUCGCGGGGACCCGUUCUGCUAGGAAGAAGGUGGGCAGGUGGUGCUACUUACUCGGGAGAAGGCAGAGCAGCCGCCGUCGCUGUCGCUGCGAGCCAGACAAGUCGAGAUUCUGGAGGUGGAGCUUGGAGAGCCGCUCUGGUUGAAGGUUUAGAACAGAUGUGGAAAGAUGUUCACUUCAGAGAAAGGGGUUGUGGAGGAAUGGUUGUCAGAGUUUAAGACACUACCAGAAACAUCUUUACCAAAUUAUGCUACAAAUUUGAAAGACAAGAGUUCUUUAGUUUCAUCUCUCUAUAAAGUUAUCCAGGAGCCACAAAGUGAGUUGCUAGAACCUGUCUGUCACCAGCUCUUUGAAUUCUAUCGCAGCGGAGAGGAGCAGUUGCUUCGAUUUACACUGCAGUUUCUUCCAGAACUGAUUUGGUGCUACCUUGCCGUCUCAGCCAGCAGAAAUGUGCAUAGCAGUGGAUGCAUUGAAGCUCUUCUCCUAGGGGUUUACAAUUUGGAAAUAGUUGACAAACAGGGACAUAGCAAAGUAUUGAGUUUUACGAUUCCAUCUUUAUCCAAACCAUCUGUAUAUCAUGAGCCUUCCAGCAUUGGGUCCAUGGCUCUGACCGAGAGCGCCCUAUCCCAGCAUGGCUUGUCAAAAGUUGUAUACAGCGGACCUCACCCCCAAAGGGAGAUGCUGACAGCACAGAAUAGGUUUGAAGUGUUGACAUUCCUUUUGUUGUGUUACAAUGCUGCCCUAACUUAUAUGCCCAGUGUUUCUCUUCAAUCACUGUGUCAAAUUUGUUCAAGAAUCUGUGUUUGUGGAUAUCCUCGACAACAUGUAAGAAAAUACAAAGGUAUAAGUAGCAGGGUACCGGUUUCUUCAGGAUUCAUGGUGCAAAUGUUAACAGGAAUUUAUUUUGCCUUUUAUAAUGGAGAAUGGGAUCUAGCUCAAAAAGCAUUGGAUGAUAUUAUAUACAGAGCCCAGCUAGAAUUAUAUCCAGAGCCAUUGCUGGUUGCCAAUGCAAUACAGGCUUCAUUGCCUCAUGGUGCCAUGAAAUCUAGUAAGGAGGGUACAAGGUGUAUUCAAGUUGAAAUCACACCAACUUCCUCUAGAAUAUCGAGAAAUGCAGUAACCAGCAUGUCAAUAAGAGGUCAUAGGUGGAAAAGACAUGGAAAUACAGAAUUAACAGGUCAAGAAGAACUGAUGGAGAUAUCUGAAGUUGACGAGGGAUUUUAUUCCAGGGCUGCGUCUAGUACUAGCCAGUUGGGUUUAUCAAACAAUAGUCAAAAUUGUAGUAACAAGGGAAGUGUAGGAAAGACUCAGAGACGGUCAGGAGGAAACAAAACUGGAGGAAAAGAAAAAGAAACUGCAGGGGAGUCUUGCAAAGAUCACUUUGCUCGAAAACAAACCCAGAGAGCCCAAAGUGAGAAUCUCGAGCUUCUCUCCUUGAAGAGACUUACAUUAACAACCAGCCAAUCUCUGCCUAAACCUAAUAGUCAUGGUUUGGCUAAGACCGCUGCGACCGUAUUCAGUAAAUCCUUUGAACAAGUUAGUGGUGUCACAGUCCCAUAUAACCCAUCAUCUGCUGUUGGCUGUGGGACUGGGACAGAUACCAAUAGGUUUUCUGCUUGUAGUCUGCAAGAAGAAACGCUUAUUUACGUUUCUGAAAGGACUGAACUUCCAAUGAAGCAUCAAACAGGUCAGCAGAGACCUCCUAGUAUUAGCAUUACUUUGUCCACAGAUUAAUUUGUAAGAGUUUUCUCACGUAACCAGUGAAUCAGAAAAUACGACUUUGCUUCUUCAUGAAAGUUCCCAGGGUCGUCUUUCAUCCCUGUUCCUGACAGGAGCCCUGAUAUCUUAAAUUCUGAAGGCUACCUUGACUUUAUGAAGGGAAUAAUGUCUAGGUUGCAGUAAGUUGAAAUAUGGUUUUGUUAUUUCUUGGUUGUGUGUUUUCCCCUUGGCUUGAGUCUUUUUUUUCUUUUCUUACCUUCUUAUUUGUUUCUGUUGCCGUAAGAUUGUCAGUGUGACAAUACAUUUUGGCAGGUUGUCUGAUCAGAUUGGUCACAGCUCAUGAGAGGUUAUGAGUCUUUUUCUUUAAUAACUCCUAUUUUGGUAGCUGUGUGUUUGGCCUUCAGUGUAAAAGGGAAUCUCCUUGCAUGAGAACAGUGUUUUCAAGGAUGAGGCUGCUGUACAACUCCAGGAAUUCUACAGCUGGCUGUUUAGCGAGCCAGUCUGAAAAACAGGCAUGUGAAAAACAAAAAUGACGUGUAUGAAAAGUGCCUGCUAAAAAUGUUUGUAACCAGAUCGUCUUUAAGAUUAGUAGAACAGUUUAUAUAAAGCACUGGAAAAUGCCUGGUAACUCCGUAACCUAAAAUAUGAUAUGAUUCCAGGGGAUGGGAAGAGGGGUUUCCAUUGUUAUCUUUGGAACAUUUUUAUAUGAGAAAUCAGAUUGCUAGUAGAUGUGUUGCUUUGAAGUGUUUGAUCUGGAUUUAGCAGGUGAAGAUCCCUUUCAGUUCCUAAGAUGUAAUAGGCCAUAAAACUGACUUACCCUGCUGCUGGACUUCGGAAAACCUACUUAGCUUGGAUUCCCACAAUUCAGAGCACACAUCAUUGAAGACUUCCUGGAAAUGACUGAAUUUUGCAACCCAUCUCUCAAGAUACCAGUGUUUACCAUAUUGAAUUGUUUGUCUACAAAUGAAGGAAAUUAGGUAAAUUUUUCAUCUAUAAAAUAUCAUUGAAAGAAAAUAAAAAUAGUGAAAUAUGGACAAAGGACAUUUAUAUAUUAACUAAUUUAGGGUUAUAUAUGUUUGUGUUCUUAAAUUUAAAAUUUUAAGUAUGAAAAAUAUUAAAUGUGUUUCUUGUUUUGUGAACAGGCCUAUUUGAAAUGUUCUUGUUAUGAUAGAAUAAUGAAUGUAGUUGCUCCCAACCAAAAAAUAAAAAUAAAAAGGCAAUAUGGCAGAAGCUAAACAAACUUGUAUGUAGCUAUAGAGAGUCAGGUGACAUCCAGAUGGAUGUAAAAAUUUGAUGUUUGCUAGUGGUGGUCAUUUCAGCUAUGGUUGAGGUUCCUUAUAAAUCAAGUAUAUUUAAGUAAUAAUCUAGGGUAAGAGAGAGAAAGUAGGGUUGAGGAUGAGAGACUAAGUUGACUGGGGAGGAAGAUGUAGGGAGCUGUCCCCUUGUUAAUGGUUAGUACACAGUAGUUUCCUUAUUCACAGUCUUUAGCUGUGGUCACACAGAGAAAAUGCUAGUUUUCCUCUUGUACCUGCUUAUGCAGAGCUCAAAUAUGUGAAAAAUUUGUUAUGUCUUGAAGACUGCUAAAGCAUUUUCAUUAUGAAUGCAGUUUUGACCAUAACUGCUUUGGCUGUCGUUUUAAAUCCAAUUCUUCAAAAAGCAUGAACUAGUUUUUAUUCAGUAACCCUGAAUAAAAUAUGGUUUUUAAUGUAAGUGAAUUUGAUUUUUUUAGUGCCACUGAUAGAAAUGGAAUAAGAUCUAUUGGCAUACAUUGUAGGAAAAAACAAAAAAAAGCAAAGCAACCAGACAGUGAAAGUUGAUAAAGUAUUAAUUUAAUAGAAAUCCUGUCUACAAUUUAAAUCCUUUGUACAAUUACUGUGAAUUUCCUAUUGUCUUUUUGUAAUUCUUUAACAAAGAAUUUCCCCUAGGCAUAGCUACUAACAAUAUUAAUAAUAGUCUUAAGAACUAAUUUAAAAGAUUGGCAUUGGAGGCAAGUUAAGGUGCUUAGGAAACAUUAUAGAAUAAGUUUGAGGAAACAUUAGCUGGCACAAAUAAGAGAUCAGAUUUUAAUGUUCAGCUGUUGUAAUGGAACCUCAUUUUGUUACUAUUCUAGAUCAUUGCUAUUAUAAAUCAUUGUGGUCUGAGGACCAGUAAGGAACAUUGGCAUUACCUGCCAUCUUGUUAAAAAUGCAGAAUUUCAGAGCCACCUUAGAUCUACUGAAUCAUAAUCUGCCUUUUAAUAAGAUCUCAGGUGAUUAUUAUGUACAUUAAAGUUUGAGAAGAUAGUAUCAAAGUGCAAACAAAUCACUUAUCUAAUAUUUAGAAUUCUCAGUGUUCUCACAACCCUAGAUCAAAUAUGUUGGAUACUAGAUCAUUAUAAUCUUCAUUGUUUUUAAAGCUAAUUAAUUUUUUAAGUGUCAACUGACUUAAGUCCCCUAAUUCUAAAUUUUUAAUGAAUCUCAUUUAUUUUUACAAUAAAAAUGUUAACAUUUUAUAUUCUUCUGUUAUUUGAAAAUGGAAUCAGAGCUGUAGAUGCCUACAAUUUUAUGAAAGCGGUACCACCCUUUUACACAAUGCACAACAAAUCUGCAUGUGUUUUUUCUUUUAAAAACCCUGAAGGCUUACUCAAAGGAGUAGUUCUGAAUUUUUGCUCCAAGUAAUUUGUCCCAGUUGAUUUUCUAGAAUGUGGAGUUAUGGUAACAGUCAAAUUCUUUAGUAGUACCUUUGAUACUAUUUCAAAUAAAGAUUAUACAUUUGAAAA